AUGGAAGAUUUGAGGAGAUGCUUGGUGAGGCAAGAGCAAGAAACAAAUGAGAGAAGUCGUGGACGAGCUGAAAGGCAAAGGUUGCAGAGAGAAGAAGAUGAACAAGUUGUUAUAGCAGUAGCUUUGCUAGAUGAAGAGAACCAAGGUCGCUGCCGUAGUUCACAAGUCGGCCGUGGCCCGAAUGUGGACAGACAUAGGCAUUGUCAGGCUGUUAUACGAAUGUUGACGUAUAGUUCAUCUGCUGAUCAAGUGGAUGAGAUUGCUCGGAUAUGGAAGUCCACUACGUUAGAGGCCUUGAAUUGCCCAACUACUUGGCAAGGAGAUUACGCCAAUAGAAAAUGUCAAAAAAGUAUAAUCCUUGAAGUCGUUGCUGGCUUCGAUACAUGGGUUUGGCAUGCCUUCUUUGGAGUUGCCAGAUCCCAAAAUUACCUCAACAUGCUGGGUCAAUCCCCGAUCUUCAAUGAUGUUUUGAGAGGCCAAGGCCCCAAUAUCACCUAUCAAGUCAACAAUACAGUCUACCAGACGGGGUAUUAUCUAGCUGACGACAUCUACCUGAGGUGGACCACAUUUGUCAAAUCUAUUCUAAAUCCUCGAUCCCAUAAGCAAAAAUUAUUUGCUUCAUAUCAAGAAGGAUACAGGAAAAAUGUCGAACGGUGUUUUGGCAUCCUUCAAGCUCGGUGGUUGAUUAUUCGAGGUGUGGCCCAUAUGUUUGAUGAGGAUGUCCUCAGAAGCAUUAUGAUGACUUGCAUCAUCCUUCAUAAUAUGAUUGUGGAGGAUGAGUAUGAUUACGAUACUGCAGAGGUCUACGAACCGGAUCCCAUGAACAUGGCAUUGACACGAAUUUAUGAAAGGCCCAUGGGGCCAAGUGGAGAACCAUUUGAGCCGAAUCCGUUGGUUAGAGAUGGUCGUUUCAUGACCCAUAUGGUAUAUCGAUAUACAGAGAUGCAAUCGUCGUAUAUUCAUGAAAUGCGUCAACUGGACUUGAUGGAGCAUCUAUGGGUUGUGAAAGGCAAUGAUGGUGAAUGA